CGGCGGUCUCCCACACCAAAACAAUCUGUGUGUGGCUCUCACUUCGCUCCUCCGUUUUAUCACAUUUCACUUCCUUUCUCUAUCAAUUCUCGAAUUCUCUUCCGGAUUAAUCCGAAUUCCACUCUGCUUUUCCGAUUUUUGAAGUUAUUGCAUGGAAUUCCAUCAACCGGCGGCGAUUUGUGGCUGUACCUGAACAGUGAGCUUGGAUUCCCGACUUAAUGAGCUCCCCAUGCCUUUAUUAGAUAUUGCUAUUUCACAGCCUUGCUCUUGUUUCCUCAACAAUAUAAUAGCAUUUAGGCCGGAAUUCGAUCUUGGUAAGAGAGUUGUAGUUGGGAAUGAUAGGAGAUUGGUAUUGGCAUCCACAUUUUCGGGGAGGGGCUUUUGUAAUGGAGGAAAAUUUGGUGGGGGCUUCACCUCGGGGAGAGCCGGGGUAUGGCGGGGUAGGCUGACGAUAAAGGCCGUUGGUACGCUUGAAAUUGCGAGUGUAACUUGCAAAAGUGGAGGGGUGAAGAGGCUUCAGAAUGUGUUGAUGAUGGAUGUUGAUUCAGUGAGGUCGAAUUCCACUGAAAUUGAACCGCCACAAUCUUCAAGUGAAGACUCAACAGACGUGGACGAGAGGGAGAGGUUGAGACGGAUGAGGAUUUCCAAAGCGAAUAAAGGGAAUACGCCGUGGAACAAAGGCAGGAAGCACAGCCCAGAAACCUUGAGGCGGAUAAAAGAAAGAACAAGGCUGGCAAUGCAAAAUCCUAAGGUUAAAGCCAAACUGAUUAACCUGGGGCAUGCUCAAAGUGAAAAGACGAGGUUGAAAAUUGGAGCUGGUGUCCGACUUGGGUGGGAGAAACGCCGUAAGAAAUUGAUGGUCCAGGAUACUUGCUACUACAGCUGGCAAAAUCUAAUUGCAGAGACUGCCCGGAAGGGUCUUCAAGGCGAGGAACAAUUGCAAUGGGACUCGUACAAGAUCUUGGAUAAAGAGCUCCAGCAGGAAUGGCAGCAGAGUGUUGAAAAAAGAAGAAGCAUGCCUAGACUGAAGGGAAGCAAGAGAGCGCCCAAAUCAGCAGAGCAGAAGAGGAAGAUAUCAGAGGCCAUAGCUGCAAAAUGGGCUGAUCCCGAAUACCGGACUCGGGUUUACUCUGGUCUAGCGAAAUAUCAUGGCAUACCAGAGGGGACAGAAUGGAAGCGUAAGAGAAAACCUCCUGGUGAGAGACAGACUCAAAACAGAGGUCGUAAAGACAAAGACAAUGACAAAGACGAGAACAAUGAUACUCGCAAGACGAAAAGCGUAAACCAACGAAUUAGAGCAAAGAGAAGCAAAGCACCAUCAUACAAGGACCCACUGGCAAGCACCAAACUGGAGAUGCUGAAAAACAUUCGAGCCAAGAGAGCUGCUGCUGUUGACGACCCGAAAACUGAAGCCGUCAUGAAGGCCAAGUCGUUGAUUGCAGAAGCUGAGAAGGCAGCCAAGGCGCUUGAAAUAGCUGCUAAGACGAGCCCUCUCGCGCACGCCUCUUUGAUGGAAAGCCGGAUGCUGAUCGCGGAAGCACAUAAGCUCAUCGAAUCAAUAGAAAGCGAAGAUGCAACAGCAUCCGUUGAAGACGAGAAUGGAAUUCAAAAUCUUGAAAACGAAACGUAUGCAGACGAGCAAAAUUUGGAACUCAUAGAGCCAAUGAAAGUAAACGGGGUCCACAGCAUCUCCGAAGAUCUUGAAGAAUCCGACAGCUUCAGUUUCGAUGAGUUCAUUUUCGCAGAUUUCAUCAACGGCAACAGCAACGGCUCGAGUCCUUACCCUCUUGAAACAGAAGCAACCGGGUCCAAUGGCUGUAUCUCAUCAGUGUUGGAUGGCAUGAUCAACGGCUCUGGUUCGACCUGCGCUGAUAAUAAACCAAACCCUAACGGGAUCUCAGCUCAUAAACAAACUCCGGUCGUCAACCGGCUGGAGCCGGAGGAUGAAAAGGUGGCUAAGAGAGAGGCGAACGUGACCAAGAAAUGGGUUCGUGGGAGGCUCGUUGAAGUCGAAGAGGAAGAAGCAGCCUAGGUUAGUUCUAGCAAGUUUUAGAAUUCAUGCAUAGUUUCUAUACAUUUGUGCUAGGAAGUAUAGAGUGUCCAAUACUAGGUUUUGAUGUCCAAGAAUCAUACUUAAAUCUCAGUAAAAGCCAUGAAUCUGAUUCAUUCCA